GGCAGCACCGCAGAUUUAGAGUGCGAUAACAAGGGGAAAUUGAAUUGCCCCAAAGGAGUGUAGCUGAGAACACGGGUGGAUUUGGGUGCACUGCACCAAUUCCAAUCCACUUGUGUUCUCAGGUCACCCCUUUGGGAACCGCUUGUUUCUCUUCUAAGCUACAACAACGUUGACAGAAAUUGUCAGAUUUAACCGUCCAGGAAGUGGGAAAUGGGAACAGAAACCCCUCCAAACCCACACACGCACAACACACAGUGAACCCGAACCGACAGCAGGACAUGGAAAUCGACGGCAAGCCAACCACGCAAAUCAAAGAGGGAGACCUUUUUAAGGCCGCGGAAUCCGGCGAUUCCUCUCUUUUCAAAUCAUUAUCUGAAGAGCAACUCCUCAAAGCCAGCUCCCUCCGCAAUGAAGACGGUCGCUCUCUCCUCCACGUUGCCGUUUCCUCCUCCAAGAGAGAGGUUGUGGAAAUACUAUCAGCUGCAAGCCCAUCAGUUGUAAACAGUUCUGACGAAGAAGGUUGGGCACCUCUGCACUCUGCUGCAAGCAGUGGCAAUGUUGAGAUUGUGGAGAUUUUACUCAGUAGAGGAGCUGAUGUAAAUUUGAAAAAUGAUGGUGGCCGCACAGCUCUUCAUUAUGCUGCUAGCAAGGGUCAGCUGAAAAUAGCUGCAAUUUUGGUUUCCCAUGGUGCAAAGCUCAAUGUCAAGGACAAGGUCGGAUGCACCCCAUUGCAUCGUGCAGCAAGCACUGGGAAUGCAGAGUUGUGUGAAUUCUUGAUUGAGGAAGGAGCAGAAGUUGAUGAUGUUGAUAGAGCAGGGCAAACUGCACUUAUGACUGCAGUAGUAUGCGAUAACAAAGAGGUAGCUCUCCUUCUUAUAAGACAUGGAGCUGAUGUGGAUGCCAAGGACAAAGAAGGAUACACCGUACUUGGGCGAGCAUCCGAUGGUCUACGGCCAAUUUUGAUCGAUGCCGCUAAAGCUAUGCUGGAAGACUGAAACAUAAUGAUACUCUCCUAGACACUAGAGAGACACAUGACGGAGUUGUAUCACAUUUAUGGCUUCUUCUAAGGCUUGAGUUGGUGUUCUUUAUGUUUAGUUAUCUUCAGAUGUUGAAUAUAACAAAGCAACAGAUGGGUCCUGAAUCAUCAUAUGAUUCCUAGUCUUCAAA